AGCAAGGUAAAAAUCGUCUCCAAGGCUAAGACCGCCGCAGCUGUCCCAUGUCUCUGACAUUCUCCUGCAAUUUCUAAAAUUAUUCAGACUUACUGAUUCUCUGACCUAACUAUGGAAACCCUACCUCUUCAGCACCGCCCAUUUCCUUCCACCUCCGGCUCCGGUUUCCUUCGCUCCAUCCCCUCAGGUUAUAAAACCAUCUCAAUCGCAACCUCCAACACCUCACGUCUCCUGCCUGCACUCAAAUGCUCCACCAUUACUCCUUAUCCGUUUGUGGACCAGUCGGCCAGGUUCAAGGAGGCGGCGAAACACGGGAAUUUGAUCCCCUUGUACAGGCCUAUAUUCUCCGAUCACCUCACCCCUGUCCUGGCAUAUCGUUGUUUGGUCAGAGAAGAUGAUAGAGAAGCUCCCAGCUUUCUAUUUGAGUCCGUUGAGCCUGGCUUGAAAGUUUCCAGCGUCGGGCGAUUUAGUGUAAUUGGGGCUCAGCCAACAAUGGAAAUUGUUGCAAAAGAAAACAUGGUGACUGUGAUGGAUCAUCGUCGAGGACAGAGAGUGGAACAGUUUGAAGAGGAUCCAAUGAUAGUUCCUCGGAGAAUUAUGGAGAAAUGGAAGCCUCAGCGCAUUGAGGAGCUCCCUGAAGCGUUUUGUGGUGGUUGGGUUGGUUAUUUUUCAUAUGAUACGGUCCGAUACGUGGAGAAGAAGAAACUUCCUUUUUCAAAUGCCCCUGUGGAUGACAGAAACCUUCCUGAUGUCCAUCUAGGCCUCUAUGAUGAUGUAAUCGUGUUUGAUCAUGUGGAGAAGAAAGCUUAUGUGAUUCACUGGGUGCGGUUGGAUGAAUUUUAUUCGGUUGAGGAGGCCUACAAUGAUGGCAUGAACCGGUUGGAGGCUUUGGUGUCUAGAGUUCAUAAUAUUGUCCCUCCCAGGCUGGCUGCUGGUUCAAUUAACUUGUAUACUAGCCUUUUUGGUCUGUCAUUAAAGAAUUCAUCAAUGUCAAGUGAAGACUAUGAGAAAGCAGUGUUGCAGGCUAAGGAGCAUAUAUUGGCUGGGGAUAUUUUUCAGAUCGUUCUAAGUCAGCGUUUUGAGCGACGGACGUUUGCAGAUCCAUUUGAAGUUUACAGAGCAUUAAGAAUUGUCAAUCCAAGUCCCUACAUGACUUAUUUACAGGCAAGAGGAUCUAUUCUGGUUGGUUCAAGCCCUGAAAUUCUCACCAGAGUUAAGAAGAGAACUAUUACAAAUAGGCCACUAGCAGGGACUAUCAGGAGGGGAAAGACGCCCAAAGAAGACUACAUGUUAGAAACUCAACUCCUUCAUGAUGAAAAACAGUGUGCGGAACACAUUAUGUUGGUUGAUCUGGGGAGAAAUGAUGUUGGAAAGGUCUCAAAACCUGGUUCUGUGAAUGUUGAGAAGCUCAUGAACAUUGAACGCUAUUCCCAUGUCAUGCACAUCAGCUCCACAGUUACUGGAGAGUUACUUGAUCAUUUGACUAGCUGGGACGCUCUUCGUGCAGCACUGCCUGUCGGAACUGUUAGUGGAGCCCCAAAGGUAAAGGCCAUGGAAUUGAUCGAUCAGCUAGAAGUCACAAGGCGUGGACCUUAUAGUGGUGGAUUUGGGGGAAUUUCUUUUUCUGGUGACAUGGAUGUUGCGCUAGCUUUGAGAACGAUUGUAUUCCCUACAGGAAUGCGUUAUGACACAAUGUAUUCGUACAAGGAUGAAUGCAGACGGAGAGAAUGGAUUGCCCAUCUUCAGUCUGGGGCAGGUAUAGUGGCUGAUAGUGAUCCUGCCGAUGAGCAGAGAGAGUGUGAAAACAAAGCUGCUGCUCUUGCUCGUGCAAUUGAUCUAGCAGAGUCAUCAUUUGUUGAGAAAUAACACAGUAAACUCCCAUGGAAGUUGUUCCCCCUCCAAUUUAAGUUUGCAUAUCUGUCAUCAGGUAGUCGAAGACGAAAGUAUGGUGUCAAAAAGCAAGAGUAGAUGUGAAACCAUACAAGUUUUCUUUGGUUGAAUUUGGUAGUCUGUUGCUUUUUAGUGUUUAGGGAAACUCUGGCUUUUCUUUGUUCUCUCUCUUUCAUUGUACUUUUGACUCUCGUAGAAAAUUUUGCUUCUCACUUACUUACUGGACAUACAAUUGUAUAUUGGAAAUGUAUCAUGUGCUACUGCAGAUUUACAGGAUCUCUAAUAAAUUUAUAUCAUAUACUGGGAAGCCCCUGAACGUA